UUUAUGAAGAAUUUGACAUAUCCAAGAGUUUGAAGACAAAAGACCAAAAGACCAAAAGAACAAAAGUACUUUAAAAAAAUAAUGAAGUUUUGAUGAAACAUCUUCUGUUUUUCUCGCGUCGCUGCACUUAUUUCUUCAUGGCGCGAUUCUACAAUUAGACCGACACGUGACGUCAGCAAAGCAUAAGCAAAGUGAUACAAUCCAAUAUUUUAAUGACGUGUCAAUUAAACCAAGUUAGUGGGAUGCGAUGUGUCACGUGAGGGAGGGGAUUUGGCUUUUCUUAUGCAUAUAUAAAGGUAGCAGCUAUAUUGAUCAGGAUUAUCACUUUGCAGAGAGAGAAAGUUACGAUCUAGCAAAAGGAGAAAUACAAAUUGAGGGUUUCGCCAUCGUGGUUUACAUCGGUUAUUUGCAACAGAGCUUCUUUUUUAUUCUGAAAUCGAGAAGACUGCAAAGGCGAACAGGAAAGCAGUACGGUUAGCACGGUUAGCUGAGCAACAGCUGGCUGAAGUAUCUAAAGGAAUUCCUCCAGACACAGGUUCUCAGUUUGAAGAAGAAGGCACGAUGGCCGAUGACCCACCACCGCCGCCUAGGCGUACCAUGGGAGACUAUUGUCGCAGAACAGAUGCAGGACAAAUUUCUAUGGGGUUUCAACCGGCGAAUCCUAUGACAUUUGACAUCAAGAAUAUAGUUCUCACCAGGCUAAGGGAUAAACAAUUUGAUGGAAGUGCAAUCAGAGAUCCAUGGGAGCAUCUGGAACGCUUUUAUGAGACAUGUACUAUGUGUCGCCCUGAAGGUUACACUGAUAGUCAAAUUAAACUCAGGUUGUUUGGGUUUACUUUGAUGGGAAGAGCAAAAGACUGGUUGCAGUGUAUUCCGAGUGGUACCAUAAACACUUGGAAAGAGCUCGAAGAUAAAUUUUUGGAGCGUUAUUUUACUAAUGAUAUGUUUCUGGCAAGAAGGGCUGAUAUUACUGAUUUUGAACAGGGCGAGUCAGAGUCUCUAUAUGAAGCCUACGAGCAUUUCAAAUUGUUACUGAGGAAAUGUCCGAAUCACUCUUUGGACAACAUGGAAUAAAUGCAGAUAUUUAUCAGAGGUCUGAGAAUGCAAUCCAGAAUGCUUAUAGAUGCCUCAGGUGGAGGUACAAUUAGAAAUAAUAAUGAGGAUGAAGUCAGACAACUGGUGGAGAACAUGUGCAUGAAUGAGUAUCGUUCCAAAAGCGACAGGAAGAGAGGUGUGAUAGCAGUUGACACAAACACAGCUCUACUAGCCCAGAUCGAGAUAUUAAACAAAAAGUUAGUUGCAAAGUCUUUAGCAGAGGCGAAUGCUAGUCAGGUUCAAGAAGUCAAAUGUGAUUUUUGCCACGGGCCACACACUAAUGGAAUGUGUUCACCUGAAGCUGAAGAAGUUAAUUAUGCCGGAGGAUAUCAGAAAAAUAACCCUUAUUCCAACACAUAUAACCCAGGUUGGAAAGAUCACCCUGAUCUGCAGUGGGGUAAUCAAGGUAAUUUUUCUCAAGGGAACUCUCAAAAUCCACCAUCUAGAAAAUCAUCUCCCUUGGAAGAAACAAUUAAUAAGUUCAUGCAGAUUACUCAGAGUAACUUCGAAGCGAUGAGAGCCAGUCAAGAAACAUCCAACAGAAAUCAUGAAGCUUCCAUCCGAAAUCUUGAAACACAAAUUGGGCAAAUAUCAAAACAGGUGGCUGCUCAGUCUAAUGAGGGUUUUGCUGGAAACAUGUUGGACAAUCCAAGGAAUGAGAGUUGUAAUGCCAUUGGGUUGAGAAGUAGAGUGGUACCAUCGGUAAUAAGUAAAAAGAGUGAGAAAAGAAAAGAGUCUGAAGUAGAGAAAAAGAGUGAAACUGAGGGAGAAGUAGAAAAUGAGUGGUUGAUUGUAAAUGAUGGAGAAGUAGAAAAGGAGGGUGGAGUCGAAAAAAAUGAGAGACUAGAGGAAGAAAAAAGUGAGAAUGGGAAUAAGGGAAACACUGAGGGAGAAGUCAAAAAGAUAGAAAAAUUAAUUGAUGUAGAUUCGAUGCUUAGAAAAACCAAAGCCCAGCUUCUCAAGGAACAUGGGAAAAAGCAGGUAAUUCCUUCUUAUGUGAAGCUUCCAUAUCCUCACCUUAAGAAAAAGAAAGAAAAAGAAGAAGGGCAAUUCAAAAGGUUUGUAGAGGUGUUAAAAAAUUUGCAAAUUAAUGUUCCCUUCAGUGAAGCUUUGGAGCAGAUGCCGAUAUAUGCCAAGUUUAUGAAAGAUCUCUUGUCAGGUAAGAGGAAGCUUAGGGAUGAAGAGAAUGUUGCCUUGUCUGAGGAGUGUAGUGCAAUUUUGCAAAGGAAGCUUCCCCCGAAGUUGAAAGACCCUGGGAGUUUCACUAUUCCGUGUUCAAUUGGUAAGGUAAAAGUUGAAAGAGCUCUUUGUGAUUUAGGAGCUAGUAUUAAUUUGAUGCCGCUAUCCAUGGUAAGGAAGCUUGAUUGUGGGGAACCUAAGCCAACAAAAAUGACUCUGACAUUGACUGAUCGCUCCAUCACGUAUCCCUACGGAGUUCUUGAAGACGUGUUGGUGAAAGUUAAUGAUUUAUUUUUUCCAGCCGAUUUUGUUAUACUUGAUAUGAAUGAAGACUCAGAAAUCCCCUUAUUGUUGGGAAGACCAUUCUUGGCUACCGGUAGAGCGCUGAUAGAUGUGGAGUUAGGUGAGCUAAUGUUGAGGUUUCAAAAUGAACAAGUGACUUUUAAUGUAUUUGAGGCUAUGCGUCAUCAGAAUGAAAACCCUCAAUGUUACCGGGUUGGUAUAGUUGAAGAGUUAGAGGAGGAAAUUGCUCAAGAUGAGCCACCAAUUAGAUCAAUCGAGCAAGUUAAUGUUCUUGUUAAAGAAAACAAAAAGAAGGGAGGAAGCAUGAAACAAGUGAAAGCUCCUUUGAAAACUCCAAAAACACCUCUAAAAAAGAAAAGAAAAAAAAUGGAGGAACAAGUGGGAGAGGUUUAGGAAGCUGGCACUUGAAAAUUUGGUCUUUGUUUCUAAAAAGGAUGAUAUAUGCCCCAAGAAGGAAGAAACCAAGGUUGGAAUAACUAUCAAGUAUCCACCCUAACAUUGGUGGGUAGAUCGUCAAGCUCGGGACGUUAAACACGCGCUUGAUGGGAGGCAACCCAUCUGAUAUAUUUUAUUUCAGUCUUUAUUUUUAGUCAAAAAAAAAAAGGAAAAAGAAAAAAGAACAAAAAAAGAGAGACUAUCAAUGAUGUCAUCUGCUGACAAUCUCUUGUGUUUCAUCUUUAUGUUGUCUUGUUUAUUUUCAAGUUUAAUGUUUUAUGUCUUUUCAGAAUUGUCAGUGUGUUAAUACCUGAAUUUGCAUGAUGAAAAUCUCUUAAACUUGCACAUAAAAGAAUAAUUGCAGUGUGAUUGCUCAUGAAGUGCAAUGGUUCAAGAGACAAAGAGACGAAUUGGAAAGAUGGAGUUUUGCACAGUGUACUAGUUCAACUUUCAGAUACCCCUGCUGGUGAGCAUGUUGAGCCAAAUAAAGUCCAUGGUAUACCCUUUUCUUUCACAUCUUAUGAGUGUAUCCAUGCUUUGUAUAUUUUCUAGAACUUGCGACUAUUCUCUACUGUUGAUUGGUUUUACAUUUUCACACAUAGAGGCACAUUUGUUUGGUACUCUGAGCCUUUUCAAGCUACCUUGUUAUUAUAUAUCUGUUGCUAAACCACUUUGAGCCUAAAAUAUUCCCCUUUUCUUUCGGUGACUAACCUAGUUAUAAGCCGUUUAGACCUGAAAUUUUUUAUCUUUUUGCCCUCCUUGGAGUUAGGUAUAAGUUUUAAAUUUUCUUGUCAUGACAUCAUU